AGUGCUCUUUGUACUGGCGAGAAGGGCUUUGGAUAUGAAGGAUCAACUUUCCAUCGUGUUAUCGCGGACUUUAUGAUUCAGGGCGGUGACUUUACCAAUCAUGAUGGCACUGGUGGAAAGUCUAUCUACGGUGGCAAGUUCCCCGACGAGAACUUCAAACUAAAGCACACCCGCCCCGGACUUUUGAGCAUGGCAAACGCUGGCAAAGACACCAACGGAUCCCAGUUCUUUAUUACCACCGUUAUCACUUCAUGGCUCGAUGGCCGCCACGUUGUUUUUGGCGAAGUUAUUGAAGGUAUGGAGAUCGUAAGGGCCAUCGAGCAGGUCAAGAAGACUCCCGGCAGCGACUCCCCCGCCACGUCCGUAACCAUCGCGAAGAGUGGCGAACUCCCCGUUCCAGAAGAAGCCAAUGGGGAAGAGGGCUCCACAACCACUGCCCUAGCACCAGCCGGCGCUGAGACUGACACCGAGAAGAAGGGGGAGGAAGCUGCCGAUGCUGAGCCCGAGCAGCCAAAGUACGCCGCUGAAGGCCUCGUGGAUAGACUCAAGGACGCAGACGUCAACUGGGGAUACGCACAGAUACUGGUGGGUGCAUUGCUGAUUGGCGUUGCGGCAGUUUGGUACAUUAAGAGGAGGAGUGUUCGCGAGAUUAGGAAGCCAAUGGAAUAAAUCGAUAUAUGGUAUCAUAUCAUAACGUGGGGGAGCAGGGGGCUUGCAAUUGUAUGUGUAGUUAAGUUAUGCUUGUGGUCGAUCGGAAUGAUAUUUAUAUCCUUUGAGAGGGUUUGGGGGGGCGGUGCUUGGUUUGGAGGGAACUCUGUGUACGUGUGCGUCCGCGUGAGGGGACGUGAUGAGAACCACGGUGGGGAUACUCGACGCCUAAAAUAGUGAGUGAGGUACUGAAAUUAUGGUGGUUCAAAGCUCUCAACCCACCAACAUG